CGUGGCAAGGGCGUGGCUUCCCAGGGAAGCCGAGGCUGGAAGCCGGAAGCUGGGCGGCCAAGCCGCUGUCCUGGCUGGAGCUCCGAUGGCGCCACCCCCUGCCCCGCUGCUGGUGCCGAUGCCCGCGGAGAUCUGUCCUGGUUUCAGGAAGCCUGAGCUCGUGAGCUUCGCGGACGUGGCCGUGUACUUCUCCCCGCAUGAGUGGUGCUGUCUGCGGCCCGCGCAGAGAGCCCUGUACCGUGAGGUGAUGCGCGAGACCUACGGCCUCCUGGGCGCGCUCGGAUUCCCGGGCCCCAAACCAGCCCUCAUCUCUUGGAUGGAACAGGAGAGUGAGGCUUGGAGCCCCGCCGCCCAGGAUCCUGCGGAGGGGGAAAGUCUGGGAGGAGCUCUGAGAGGAGACACUUCAAAUGAGAAGGAGCAGGGUCCUGAGAGGACAGCAGAGACUCCUGCUCAGUUGCAAUCUAAACAGGUGGUUGGACAUGAGACUCAUUCCAUGGCUACCAAGUCCUCUGCAGGGCCACAGCUACCUACGAAAUCUUCCCCAGGCCAGGUAUCUGAUGCUCAGCUUCCUGCCCAGGUUCCCAGCACAGAUGUGCCGGCCAACCAGCGACGCCACGUGUGUGUGGACUGUGGGCGGCGCUUCACUUAUCCGUCUUUGCUAGUCAACCACCGGCUUUCACACUCAGGUGAGCGACCCUUCCCCUGCCCAGAGUGCGGCAUGCGUUUCAAGAGGAAGUUCGCAGUGGAGACUCACAAAUGGAUCCACCGGUCCUGCUCAGGGGGGCGCCGUGGCCGUAGGCCUGGGAUCCGGGCCGUGCCUGGGGCCCCUGUCCGAGGUGACUGGGAUCCACCAGUGCUUUUUCGGCACUAUCCAGACAUCUUUGAGGAGUGUGGGUCCGGGGUCCCUAUGGCGCGGCUACUUGCUCCGGGAAGGCUCUCGGCCCCACCCGCGUUCAGGAAGCGCGGGGCCGUGAGCUUCGCGGACGUGGCCGUGUAUUUCUCCCCCGAGGAGUGGGGCUGUCUGCGGCCGGCGCAAAGAGCCCUGUACCGGGAGGUGAUGUUGGAGACCUAUGGUCUUCUGUGUGCGCUCGGAAGCAGAGACGCCAAGCCAGCGCUCAUCUCCUGGGUGGAGGAAGAGGCAGAACUGUGGGGACCCGGUGCCCAGGAUCCAGAGGUGGCCAUGUGUCAGAUGGACGCCAACACAGAUUGCAGACAGGAGGAAAGGGAGAGACCAAAAGGAGAAACUGAGGCAGCCCAGAAGACAUUUUCUACACAAACUGGACCAAAGGAUCCUCACCCUUCGGUUGCUGGACCCCCUUGCAACUUGGAGCUGCUGUCUAAGGACCCUCACCAGGGCCACCUCCCUCUUGUUGUUCACACCACUGUCCCAAGAGCAGAUAGGCGCCAUGGCUGUCGUGUGUGUGGGAAGAGUUUUGCCUGGCGGUCCACGUUGGUGGAGCACCUGUACACUCACACAGGUGAAAGGCCAUUCCGUUGCCCUGACUGCAGCAAGCCCUUCGGCCGGGCUUCCUCCCUAAGCAAGCAUCGGGCCAUACACCGAGGGGAAAGGCCACAUCGCUGUCUUGACUGUGGCCGGGCCUUCACACAGCGCUCUGCCCUCAUAGCCCAUCUCCGUAUCCACACUGGGGAGAAGCCCUAUUGCUGUGCUGAUUGUGGGCGCUGCUUCAGCCAGAGCUCUGCACUGCAUCAGCAUCAGCGGGUACACAGUGGCAUGACCCCCUUUCCUUGCACAGACUGUGGCAGAGCCUUUGCCCAUGCCUCAGAUCUUCGGCGCCACAUGCGCACCCACACGGGUGAAAAGCCUUAUUCAUGUCCUGACUGUGGACACUGCUUCCGCCAGAGUUCUGAAAUGGCAGCCCACAGGCGGACCCACAGUGGCGAGCGUCCCUACCCCUGCCCUCAAUGUGGCAGGUGUUUUGGCCAGAAGUCAGCAGUGGCAAAGCAUCAGUGGGUCCAUCGGUCAGGAGCUAGGGGCCAUAGGGACGAAGCAACCAGUCAGUUAUCUGUAUCCCUGGACACAGACCACGGGGACCCGGAGCCACCUGUGGGCUUCCGGCACUAUCCAGAGAUAUUCCAGGAGUGUGGGGGAUGGUCUUAAAAGCUCGACCACAGAGGGUGAAAAAUACACACUGACGGAAGCCCAGAGGCUUGAACCUAUGGCAUCCUCUGGAAGUCACAGAAAUUCUAGCAAGGGCUGGUCCUGAGGACAGAGUACAGUCUUGUGGGUGGUUCCCGAUGCGUUUGCACACACACUGAUCCCACUGGCCUAGGCGAUCUGAGUCUUUUGGGCUAGGGUGGGAAACCCACCAGAACUCUAUAUGAGAAGCAAGGGCAGUUUUCUGGCUUAGAAGUAUUGAGAGGUUCAAGGUUGAAGAGAACCUUGUAUGAUCCACAGUGGCCGAAGUUGAUGGCUCUGUGUGAACUGAGAGCUGCAUUUCCAGGGGUUAUUAGUUACCGGUCAAGAUCUGCGUGUGGUGGUGCAUGCCUAUGAGAGUCAGGAAUGUCAGAAAUUGGAGACUAGUUUGGGUUACCUGAGAGUUCAUCUAAGGUGAAUAAAUAACAAGUGAAAUUAAUUGAGGUUUAAAAGUCAAAGUAUUUCACAUACAACAGAAAGUCCGUGUUUCUAGCUUCUUUUGAAAACAAAAACUCCAAAAGAUUCAGCCAAGCAAACAAGACAGAACAGCUCUG